UCACUGUUUAAACGGCUAUAACCUAAAAGCUAAAAUAAAAAACCAGACGUUUCUCUCCUCUCAACCUCUGAUCAUCACCACACAGCCAGCUGCCAGCCAGCAAUACCCACUUGAAAGCAGCCACCGCCUACCUGAAAAAUAUGUCACUGUCAAGGCUUUCAAGUAGAACUCAUUUGUGGCCUUUCCUGCAACAUUCUAGAAUUCUUUGGAAUUCUAUUUGGCUUUUUAUCCUACAGGCAUAUGCACAAUGUUUCAUGGUCGAGUUAUAAAAGUACAACCAGAUAUAAUGGUCUAUUAGGUUUGAUGCCAAGAUGUGGAUAUAGCAGUGGUUUGGUUAGCAAGUCUUGUGAAGCUCGGUCUUUUGGCUCUAGAUCUCUUUGGAGAUCUAAUUCUUUGCUUAGUUUUCAGAGACACUACACUUCUCAUGCUUCCACACAGCAAAAAUCACAGAAAAUGCUUCUUUACCUCACAUUGUUGGUUUUCGGGAUGGUGGGUUGUACUUAUGCUGCUGUCCCUUUGUAUAGAACAUUUUGCCAAGCUACUGGUUAUGGGGGAACUGUUCAGCGCCGUGAGAGUGUUGAAGAAAAGAUUGCGCGGCAUACAAAAGAAGGAACAGUCACUUCAAGGGAGAUUGUGGUGCAAUUUAAUGCUGAUGUUGCUGAUGGAAUGCCAUGGAAAUUUAUUCCUACACAAAGAGAGGUAAGGGUCAAGCCUGGAGAAAGUGCCCUUGCAUUUUAUACUGCUGAAAAUCGAAGUUCAGCUCCAAUAACUGGUGUUUCUACAUAUAAUGUCACCCCAAUGAAGGCUGCAGUUUACUUCAAUAAAAUACAAUGCUUUUGCUUUGAGGAGCAGCGCCUUCUUCCGGGGGAGCAGAUUGACAUGCCUGUAUUCUUUUAUAUUGACCCUGAGUUUGAAACAGAUCCUAAAAUGGAUGGAAUAAACAACUUGAUCUUAUCCUAUACAUUUUUCAAGGUUGCUGAGGAAUGAAGGAGAAGGUAAUUUUGUAGUGACAUUAAAUAUAAGUUUGCAUUUGCAUAAAUACUUUGGUUUAAUAAACAAAUCAGUUUCCCAUGUAGGGAAUAAUUGGUUGAGUAAAGUUCACAUUUCUUUGCUACAAUUUUCUUGUUAUCAUAUCCUAGCUUCUUUUUUGUUCCCA